ACCGGUCUUUAUAAUCUAAAAAGUUUAUAUGAUAUAAUGAUCGAAGAUCAUUUGAGAGAAGAAAAAAAAAAGUCACUCGAGGGCUUACAGUAUAUAUACUAUACUAUAUUUUGAAAUUGUGGGAAGUCAAUCAUCGUUUUCCUUUCACUGUUGUAUUUUCUUUUCUUUUCAUCUUUCACUCCAUCAUACUGUCUACACUGCCUUUCAUGUUUGGGUGGGGAUCUGAAAAUACUCUCUUGCAUUGGUGGACAUCUUUUUUUUUUUUCGUUUUUCUUCUUUACACUUGCUGGAUCGAGCUUCAAGCAGCGAGCCAAACGACCGCUGGGCCGGGAGUGGCUUCUAUCUGCAUAUCCAUCCUCUGCAUCCUCAUACAUUUCUCGGGGGCGGGCGUUGCUGGUUGGGUCAUUGCAUCAAGCGUCGUAGUCUUGUUUCUUGCUAUUUUCUUUCUUCUACCAGCGUCUUAUCAAGCUAUUCAGGUACUUUUCAUGGCAGGCGAGUACAUAAAACAUCAUAAUAGUAUAUAAUAAUAAAUAGACUGUUCAUACAAUACUGCCCAGUUAUUAAU